AUGGAGAAUUUAAAAGCCUCAAAUCCAAUACGCAACGUAAAUACGAAAAGCAAAGACGUGACAACAUCAUGUGAGGAAGGUUACUUGAAGUUUAUUAUUGACAAUAAUUUAUUAUUAGAGGAGGGUGGAUUUAGUAAAGUUUACCUUGCUUCAGGAUUGUUUUGGUACCAAGAAAGGUUGAUGUAUGAAAUGGAAACACUUCAUGAGACUUUAUCUGAAAUUGUUUCGUUAUAG